GUAGCCGAGAGGAGGAAGGGUGGGGGGGCGCUGGGUGGGAAUGAAGGGAUCAGCCUAGCCUAUCCUGCACACGGGGUUAGAUGUGAAGCCAGCGCUGAGGAGUAGCACGCAUUGCCAGCCUGCACCCAGACCCCAGUUCGAUUCCAGCUUUCACCCCCCCACCUACCCCAGGCUACCGGAGUGUGUCUGAAAACACUAUAGAACGGAGCCUUGUCUUUCAGUGAGGGAGUUACUGUAUCCGCCAGGAUUUCUUCGGAGUGUCAGUCUUGCCAAGAAACUUUCGAUUCCGCGCUGCAAGCGAGGGGAAGCGUUGCUGUUUGAGCGAGAGAGAAUGCCUGUUCUGACUUCCCCAGAAAUCGCCACGAAAUUCAAGGAGAACUGGAUGAUGCUGCAUCCGGAGGAUCAAGACAAUGUGAACGGUGCUGUGAACCUGGAUGAUAGUCUGACCAGCCUCCAGUGGCUGCAGGAUUUCUCGAUCCUCAGUGCCAACCUGGAGAAGCCUCCUGGUGCCCAGCAUCACUGCAAGCAGCAGCACACGCCUGGCUCAGACUCCCCUGCUUCACCUCCAGCUGGUGAUACCGCUGCCAGUGGUGUGCCAGCUGGCCUGGGCAAGACCACCUCGGCGGUGGCUGGCACCAAGACCUUGAUCCAGGCUCAGCCUCCUUCCCAGAGCCCAGCGGAGGAUGUUGACUACAAGACAAACCCCCAUGUCAAACCGCCCUACUCCUACGCCACGCUUAUCUGCAUGGCCAUGCAAGCCAGCAAGAAGAGUAAAAUCACCCUGUCUGCCAUUUAUAACUGGAUCACCGACAACUUCUGCUACUAUAAGCACGCUGACCCCAGCUGGCAGAAUUCUAUUCGUCAUAACCUUUCUUUAAAUAAAUGCUUCAUGAAAGUGCCAAGGCAGAAAGAUGAACCUGGUAAAGGGGGUUUCUGGCAAAUUGAUCCACAAUACGCCGAUAUGUUUGUUAAUGGUGUAUUCAAAAGGAGACGGAUGCCAGCAACACACUUUAGCGCCCUCAAACAAAGCAAACUCCCAUCUGUAACCACAUCUGAAGUCUCGAUAAAUCCGUCAACUGAACCUUUUCUGUCUUACUCUGGGCCUGGACAUACUUCUGUGCGGUACAUGGAAAAUGCUCACAAUAAUCCGCUUUUCAACUCUUCAGAUAACCAACGAACUGCAAGCAAACGCAAGCAAGCCUUGCCAAAGCGAACAAUGAAGAUGUCCAGAACUACCAAGUCUCCACUGCUGGCUCAUGACGAUAGAGAAUCUGAAUCACUCAAGGGAGACUUUGACUGGGCCUCAGUCUUUGAUGAUGUGUUCAAUGCAAACGGGAGCAAUUUUGAGGACCUAGACAUCAAUGCAGCUUUGAACUCUCUGGGUACAGAGCUGGAUCUUACUGUGCAAGGAAGGCAUAUUAGCCCACAGUCUAAAUGGUGCUCCAUGGGGAUGGACCAGGUUCUUGCGGAAACCACCAGCCAGGCUUCCCAGUUUGAAGAUUUUACAUUUUUCUCUGAUGCGCAAAGGCAUCCAUGGGAGGAGAUGAAGGAAGAAUUCCAAAUUACCCCUUUGGAUAUAGAUCAAGGCUUCAACUUCUAUGAAGGAUUCUUCAAUGAACUGCAUCAAUGGGAAAGAGGAGACAACUUUCUGUGACAAGACUACGUUCCCCUAAUGAUCAAUCUUGAACCAUUUGCUACAUUAGCAUUAACGCUCUUGAUUAUUGGAAAUGUACAGCUUACAUGAAGUUCCUUUAUACUGUUGAAAAAUGACCCGUUUGUUAUUUUUUAUCGUUUAUAAUUUUUACACUGGAAUACCAUUUAAGAGAUUUCCGUCAUGGUUGAAAGAAAUCAGUCUGAAAUUCUUAAUAGUUUAAGAUCAUACCAUCUGAUUACAUACCAGAUUGUACCACCAGAGGUGCACAAUACUGCAAUGUUUCAAAGGGAUGUGUUCUCAAAGCUAUUUGCCAUUUCAGAUUCUUUCUUUGUUCAAAGCCGAAAAUUGCUCACAAUUGCACUUGACACUUUGGAAGACAAUGUUGCUGAAGUGAAAAUAUGAAGCCAAUAGUCAAGUCAAGCAAACGUACAAUGAAUGGAACUGUGAUGGCACUAUUUACAUACAGUUAAUUAGGAGCUAGCUAAUUCUUAACUGAAAUGGUUCUAAGAGCUUAUCCUUGCUAGUUGAUCCAAAAAUUGUACAUUGAAGUAUAUUGCACUUACUCCUAAAAAUGACUAACCCUAACUUGUGUUAAAAUCAACUUCUGUUAACUUCCAGUUGCAGUGUUUCGCCAUAUGAACUUGAAUUAGAAAUACAGGGCUAAACUAGAAGUCAUUUCAAGUUAAUUUUCUACAUUUUUUUCUUGACUUGGCUAUUGAAUGAAUGUUGAGCUUUGGUUCAAUGGCUUCACAGAAUCAACACACUUACAGGAUGUAAGGCACAGUUUUGACCAUAUAUUUUUCCAUAAAAGACUUAUUUUGCUCAGACGUACUAGUGUUAAAGGUGUAGUUUUUUUUUUCUUUUUGGAAUUGAUUUGGUGACUAACCUGAGUGAAGUUCUCAAAACAGAAGGGACGUGGGUAGGAUUUGAUUCAGUUAUUGUUUGGAACUGCCCUUAAUCAUGACAAACUCAAGGUCUAAAUGAUUGAACACUAGAAAGGGCAAAUGAACUUGCUGCAUAUCCUACAGUGACACAAGCAUCUUGGGCUGCCUGCAUUAGCAUGGAUCUUUUUAAAACAAAAAUGUAAUCAAGUCAUCGUGAUUCUAUGCAGAAUUCCUUUACUUAUUGUGUUGGAACUGCUGCCUUAACAAUGAAGUUAUGGAGGGUUUCCAUCCCGUGACUUUUGCAAAGAGCUGCUAUGUAAUUCAGAAGAUGAAAUGAACAACGUUUGCUGAACUGUGUAACUAUGCCAAUCUCUAAUUCAUGAAUGCAGACUAGAGAUAAACUCAUCAAUCUUUGAGCUGAAUGGAUAAGUAGUCACUGUUAGAUGCUUGUUUUGUAACAGGGAAGUCGAUGUGUUUGCUUGGGUCACUGUUAAUUGACCAAUGGAGCAAAUCCCCCAUGUGUGCAAUCUCCCAUUUUCUAUUCUGGUUAAAUGCUAUUUGCCUCACCGCAAUAAAAAUUGUGGGGUUUAAAGCCCA